CAAAAAUUGAAUUUAAAAUACCGUCUCAACAAUAAUUACUUCCUCUCUCCCCUGGACAACGGCUGAGACAAGGAAAACCGCUACCGGCAGAGACGAGACGGCGGCGAUUGAACUCGGCUACUUCUCACUCCGCAUUUGAAUUUUUCGAAGCUUGCAACUCUUAGUAAGACCGAAUAGUGGGUUGCUUUUGAGAAGCUAAUCACUGGGUUCUCUCUUGUUCUCCUCCCUGAGAUUGUCUCGCUUCGGAGCAAAUUUCUCCUUCUUUACCGGUUUUUAUUGAGAAGGAGACAAUGAAUCUGUUGCUUUAUGCUGUGGAUUUUCGGAGAUUUUAGGUUAAGCUAGUUAGGAAAAGGUGUGGUUCACGGCAUUGUCAAGUCCCAAUUCCCUCGAUUGGGUAUUGUAAUUAUGAUUUUUAGUUUGCGGUUAGAUAGGAGAUUAGGGUUUUAAGUGAAGAAAGUUUAGUGUAGAGUUUGAUUUCUGUAUCUGAUCUUGGAUUUGGUCGAGAAUCUCUUGGAUCUGCUUCCUUGUUCCGGAUGAUUUGCGUCUUUGAGGUGGUAGGAUCAUCGAAAUGCAGAUGGAGCGGUUUCUUUCACUGGUUCGAGGUGAAUCGGCUGAGCCACCCCGUGAGAUCACCUUGCCCAGUAGCCUCAUUGGCGAGUCUGGCUCAAAUGGGUGGCUUAUCCGUUUCUUCGAUUCGUCAUUCUUCUGUGAGUGGAUUGCAGUCAGUUAUCUGUACAAGCACCAGCACUCGGGCGUGAGGGAUUACUUAUGCAAUAGGAUGUAUACGCUUCCUUUAUCCGGUAUUGAGAGUUACCUGUUCCAGAUAUGCUACAUGAUGGUGCACAAACCAAGUCCUUCGCUUGACAAGUUCGUGAUUGAUAUCUGUGCAAAGUCGCUUAAAAUAGCACUGAAAGUGCAGUGGUUUCUGCUGGCGGAGGUUGAGGAUUCUGAUGAUAGUGAAGGCGUCAGCAGGAUUCAAGACAAGUGUCAAACUGCAGCGACUCUGUUGGGUGAGUGGUCACCUCUUUUGCGGCCACAGAACGAGCCUUCAACUCCAGGGAGCAAGAAUCAGGUCCUAAAUAGGUUUUUGUCAUCAAAGCAGAAGCUCUUCUCGUUGAACUUAUCUCCUCCUACCCAGAAGUCUUUGUUAUUCUCACCUUCCUCAGGGAGCAACUUGCAGGAUGAUGGUAGUCAGUUAUCUGCGGAUGACAAUAAGAUUUUCAAGAGACUUAUCCCAAGUCCUAAAGUUAGAGAUGCUUUAUUGUUUAGGAAGUCAGCUGAGAAAGAUGACGAGGAGAGUGAAAAGGAAGGAUUCUUCAAGAGGCUAUUGAGGGACAGCAGAGGUGAGGACGAUGAGCAAGGGUCUAACUCAGAUGGGUUCUUUAAGCGUCUUCUGAAAGACAAUAAAUCAGAAGAGGAGGAGAUGACCAACAGUUCCGAGGGGUUCUUCAAGAGGCUAUUGAGUAGUAAAGGAGAUGACGAGGAACUGACAUCUAGUCCCGAUGGUUUCUUUAAGAGAUUGUUACGAGACAAGAAAGGAGAUGAAGAGGAAUUAGGUGCAAACUCGGAAACUUUCUUCAAGAAGUUGUUGCGUGAGAAUAAAAGUGAAGACGAGGAGCCAAGUGCAAAUUCAGAAGGGUUCUUCAAGAAACUAUUCCGUGACAGCAAGACUGAGGAUGAGAAAGUUUCGAAAGCAGUGGGUGAUCAGAAUAGACAUGGUAAUGAAAGGAACGAGACUGAUGAAACUGUGUGUGCUGAUGAAAAAUCUGGUGAAGACAAUGAAAGGGAAGGAUUUUUUAAAAAAUUAUUGAAGGAGAAGUGUGAAGACAAAAAUGACACUGGCAAAGCCGAUAAUGGGAAUGAAAGCGAAGAUGAGGAAUCUUCAGACUUCUCGUUGUUCAAAAGAUUUUUCCGUAGAAAUCCAGAAGAUGCAAAACCUACUUCAGUGACUGAACUUAACAGCAAUGGCAGCUUAACUGAGAGCAGUCCGGGGACAGAAAACUUUUUCCGAAAAUUAUUCAGAGAUCGUGAUCGGUCUGUUGAAGAUUCUGAACUUUUCGGAUCGAAGAAAUAUAAGGAGAAGUGUCCAGGAUCACCUAAACAGCGAAAUGAUACCUCAUCUACUAAGCCCCCACUGCCAAGCAAGACUGCAGCACAAUUCAGGAAAGGUGCUUACCACGAGUCUUUGGAGUUUGUGCAUGCAUUAUGUGAAACGUCAUAUGAUUUGGUAGAUACUUUUCCCACUGAAGAUCGGAAGGCUGCUCUUCGUGAGUCCCUUGCAGAGAUCAAUUCCCAUUUAGCUGAGGCUGAAGCUACUGGAGGAAUCUGUUUUCCAAUGGGGAGAGGAGUUUAUCGCAUUGUUAAUAUUCCUGAAGACGAGUCUAUUCUUUUGAAUUCUAGGGAAAAGGUGCCCUAUAUGAUAUGCGUGGAAGUUUUGAAAGCGGAAGCACCCAGUGGUGCUAAAGACAUAUCUAAUUCACAUAAGCUUUCUAAAGGAGGCAUUCCAUUGGCAAAUGGGGAUGCGUUUUUGCAAAAGCCACCCCCAUGGGCAUAUCCACUAUCAACUGCUCAGGAGGUUUACCGUAACAGUGCAGACAGAAUGUCGCUAUCAACUGUUCAAGCAAUUGAUCAAGCAAUGACUCAUAAGUCUGACGUUAAACUUGUGAAUGCAAGUCUCUCGGUGGAGAAACGUAGUAAUUCAGUUCCAAAAUCAGUGAGUAGUGGUGUGGCUGGGGUCCUGAGGAAUGGUCUGGACAGUGAUCUUGAGUGGGUUAGGGUGGUGCUGACGGCUGAUCCAGGUCUAAGAAUGGAAAGCAUUGCUGAUCCAGGAGUCCCAAGCCGAAAGGAACAUCGUCGUGUUCCAAGUCUUGUUGCGUUUGAGGAAGUACGGGCUGCUGCAGCAAAGGGCGAGGCACCUCCAGGUCUUCCUCUCAGAGGGGCUGGUCAGGAUUCAUCAGAUUCACAGACUAUGGCCUAUGGUGGAAUGCUGAAAGCAGGUGAUGCCUUAUCUGGUGAACUUUGGGAGAAACGGCGAUUGAGAAUUCGUAAAGAUUCAAUAUAUGGCAACAUACCGGGUUGGGACUUGCGUUCUAUCAUUGUGAAGAGUGGUGAUGACUGUAGGCAGGAACAUCUUGCGGUGCAACUCAUUUCUCACUUUUUUGAUAUAUUCCAGGAAGCAGGUCUUCCCCUCUGGUUACGUCCUUAUGAAGUCUUGGUUACGUCUUCAUACACUGCCCUUAUAGAAACAAUUCCAGAUACGGCUUCUAUUCAUUCUAUUAAAAGCAGAUACCCUAACAUCACAAGCUUGCGUGAUUUUUUUGAUGCCAAGUUCAAAGAGAACUCUCCAAGUUUUAAGCUUGCCCAGAGGAAUUUUGUCGAGAGCAUGGCGGGAUAUUCUUUGGUCUGUUACCUUCUGCAGGUAAAAGACCGUCAUAACGGAAACCUUCUGAUGGAUGAAGAAGGUCACAUUAUACACAUUGAUUUCGGCUUUAUGCUCUCAAAUUCUCCUGGAGGCGUGAACUUUGAGAGUGCCCCAUUUAAGCUAACCCGUGAACUUCUCGAGGUAAUGGAUUCUGAUGCCGAGGGGGUUCCAAGCGAGUUCUUUGACUAUUUCAAGGUGCUAUGCAUUCAAGGAUUCUUAACAUGUAGAAAACAUGCAGAACGGAUUAUUCUUCUAGUCGAAAUGUUACAGGAUUCGGGGUUUCCUUGCUUCAAAGGUGGUACUACACGCACCAUUCAGAAUCUAAGAAAAAGGUUCCAUCUAAGUUUAACUGAAGAGCAAUGCGUCUCUCUGGUGCUCUCUCUAAUCAGCAGUAGCUUAGAUGCUUGGCGAACUCGACAAUACGAUUACUACCAAAGGGUCUUGAAUGGAAUCUUAUGAUGUUAACUAUUUGCAAAAGUUUGAUCUCAUUCCUGAAUCAACCUGAUCAGACGCCAAACAUGUAUAUUAAUGUGGGUUUGUUGUUCUCUACGCUCCUUUCAAAACUAUAGUAUCAGAGACAUUCGAGCUUGAAAGAACUCUUGAGUGUGGUGUUUGAGAGAGGAAAGAAGAAGAAACCAAUUACACGAUAUAUACAGUAUAUAGAGUGAGAUUGUGUGAAAUUUGUAUAGAAUAUAGUUUUUGUAGAGGUCUGAUUCUUAUGUAUCUAUAAAAGAGCAGGCAAAUUCAAAAGUUUCUCCACCUUCUCAAACCCUUUCAAGAACUACAUCUAAGUUUUGUUUGGUCUCUAUUUUUACUCUUUUUCUUAUACUUUUAGAUUAAGUAAAUAGCUUGCUUCUGUUAUUGGUUAUUGGUUUUAUUGAUGUGAAAAGAAAAAUAUGAGGAAGACGUGAUAUUUGUAUUAUGUAUUUAUGUGUAUCUUUUGCUACAGAUAUUAAGGUAGAGGAUUAUGUUUCA